UAGCUAUGCUUUUGAUCCAGUCCAAUGAUCGCUCCAGUCCAGGAGGUGGCGGCAGUGCACCGGAAACCGAUGCCAAGCGCAAAGGAGGAAGCCACACGGACAUGCGCACUGUAAAUAUACGUUUGCAUGAUCGUAACGUUGAGGAGCUGAUUACCAGGAAGGAUCUACUUUUUAUAUCUGUCUGUUGAUAAACAUUCUUGGGUUAUUGUGUGAUCGAGCCAGUCAGUUGCAAAAAUGGAUUUCCAGCAUCGAGCUGGAGGGAAGACGGGGAGUGGUGGAGUGGCGUCUGCCUCUGAGAGUAACCGUGAUAGGCGAGAGCGGUUACGUCAGUUGGCCCUGGAAACCAUUGAUAUCAACAAGGACCCCUACUUUAUGAAGAAUCAUUUAGGAUCUUAUGAGUGCAAACUUUGCUUGACACUGCACAACAAUGAGGGCAGCUACUUGGCUCACACACAGGGAAAGAAACAUCAGACCAACUUAGCGCGGAGAGCAGCCAAGGAGGCUAAAGAAGCUCCUGCUCAGCCUGCUCCAGCAAAGGUCAAAGUUGAGGUCAAAAAGUUUGUCAAAAUUGGUCGUCCAGGAUACAAAGUAACCAAACAGAGAGACCCAGAGACUGGACAGCAGUCCUUACUUUUCCAGAUUGACUACCCAGAGAUUGCUGAAGCAAUCGCACCUAGACAUCGUUUCAUGUCUGCUUAUGAACAACGUAUCGAGCCGCCUGAUCGCCGCUGGCAGUAUCUGCUCCUGGCUGCUGAACCGUACGAGACUAUCGCCUUUAAGGUUCCCAGUAGAGAAAUUGAUAAAGCAGAAAACCGCUUCUGGACCCACUGGAACAGAGAAACUAAACAGUUCUUCCUACAAUUCCACUUCAAAAUGGAGAAGGCUGUCACCCAGUCCAGUGGCCCGGCACCUCCUGCAGGUGUAAAGCGCCCCCUUCCUCUCAUGAGUGGAGUUGAACCUCGCCCCCCUAGCGAGAGUCUGCCUCCUCCUCCGCCUGGAGGGAUGUCUGUCCCCCCUCUUCCACCUGGUGCACCAGGUGCCCCUCAUAUAGCCCCUCAGAUGCCCAUGCCCCCCAUGCCAAUGCGACCACCCCCUCCUGAGGGUCUUGCAAUAUCUAACUGAUCUCUGACCAAGCUGUCAUGUUUUCUUUUUCAUGAUGCACAGUCACACAGACCUGCCUGUUUACAAGAAACAUUUCCCUUUUGAUAUGGCAGGUAAUUUCUGUAGAUUAUUUCUAUAGAGGAUUUUUCAAGUCCACAUUUAGUGGACUAAUAUACAUUUGUUUGGUUUAUGUACAUGUAGGGCAGCCACAAUGAUCAUGUUUUUUUCUAUAAUUGCUUUAACCCAGACAAAGAGCUAUGACUGAAAAAUGGCUCUUCUUUUAAGGUGCUGCGUUUGUAAUAAAACUCUAUGAAGAAAGA